AUGUCUUUUAAAUUUAGCUGGCCAGAAUUCACCACAGAAUUCGUGGAGCAAGCUAAACAACUUUUAACGACAGCUCUUAACAAGAGCAGUAAACCAGUGAAUAUAGUGGAUCCUAUAGUCGUCAAAGACUUGAACAUGGGAACAAAGCCGCCCGAGUUGGAGAUUAUGGAAAUUUGUGAAUUGGCAGUUGAUAAAUUUAGAGGAAUAUUUAAAUUGAUAUAUAGUGGUGACGCACAUUUAACUUUACAAACAAAAGUGCAGGCGAAUCCGAUGAAUAGCAAUAAAUCUGAUGUGAGUAUGUAUACUAGAAGGGGAAUUCUUGCAGCGGACCAACCGCUUGUAGUGCCUAUGCUUCUUAGAUUAAGCAACUUGAAACUACGAGGUAUCAUCGUUUUGGUAAUUAGCAAGCAAAAGGGGAUCACAUUAGUAUUCAAAAACGAUCCUUUGGAAAAGGUCGAUGUUACCUCAACUUUUGACAGCAUUUCAAGCAUACAAAGGUUUUUGCAGUCAGAAAUCGAAAAAAGGUUGAGAACAAUGUUUCAGGAAGAUUUACCAUCUAUUGUUCAUCAAUUAUCAUUGCAAAAAUGGCUCAGUAGUACUAAGAAAAAAGAAGAAUUCACAAAGGGAUCAUCAGAAAAAAUGCCUAUUACGGAACACCGGCCAUUAAAUAUCCUUCCGGAGAAUACACCUUAUGAUACUAUGUCUAUGCCAGAUCUUCGAUACGGUACACCAUUAUCAACAUCUGGUUCUGAAUUAUCAAGCAUUUCUCCAGAAUCAUCAUUUUAUGCGGAAGAAGGGUCUAUCAUAGGAGAUGUUGAUUCUUUGGACGGCUAUUCUGGAUGCUCUUCAUAUUCUAGUUUUGGAGAUUUAUUUGAACGCAAGAAAGAAGAAGGUUUGAAAGCAAUAUCCCAACCUAACAACGAACAUCACUCAGAUGGUAACCGGCCACGGAUAUUUCAUCGCCAACGCCUACUCGUGUCGCCACAUCACAGAAGGGGUUCGUUACCUACUUGGUUACCAUCUACAAUACAAGAACAACAAGAAUCUCUGCCAAAAAAACCACUAAGACGUAGAUUUGCAAAACUUAAUUACCAGUCACAUGAAUUGUCACACUAA